AACUAAAAAUUUUAUAAAUAUAAAAUAAAUAAAACAUAUGUAGUUAAAGGGAAAGUAUGUUGUAAAACUUAAAAAAGAAACGAUGGUUAAAAAACGAGGAAUUGUGUGGAACUACUAUAAUAAAAAAAUGUUAGGAUCUCAAGUGAUUGCAUUUUGUAAGUUUUGUAAUCAAUCAUACAUUCAAAAUGCUACUCGUAUGGAACGACAUAUGGAAAAAUGUCCAAAGUGUCCAGAAGAUGUUAGACAACAAUUUAUGCAAGUAGCUCAUAACAAGAGGCAUAAAGCUAAUAAUCUUGACAAUAAAAUGAACGAUGGAUGGCCAAAACAAGAAUCUUCGGUAGAUCACAACAUUACAGAUACAGAGUUAGAAGAUUUAGAUGAUUGGAAUUAUAAAAAUCAGUCAUAUUUAGUUGAUACAUCUAAUGCAAUACAGCAAAAUAUGGAUUUAGUAAUGCAUAAUAAUGAACAAAAUUGGGUAAAUCAGGAUAAUGCGGUUAAAAAUCAUGAUACAGAUACAAGAUUAGUUAGUAGGAAUUGGGAAACAAGUGAAAAUGAUACAGAAACAAUUGCAGCUGCUGGAUCUCAAGAACGAUCAAGUUCAGUUCACCAAAGAAAGUCAUAUAAUCCUAGAAGAAUAUCAGCUGUUUCUUCUGUACAAACAUCAGAUUGUUUACCCUUACAAAAUAAAAUAUAUCAAGAACAAUUAUUAGAAAGACGUGCCUUAAGAAGAGCUGCAGAAUUAGAAGUACAGCGUAAAGCCUUGGAACUAGAAAGAUUUCAAUGGGAAUAUGAGAGAGAUAAACUUCAAACUGAAGUUCGUUGGGCUCAUGAAACUCGUAUGAUGCAACUUAAAGAAGAACGGGAAAGACAUUUGACUGAACAGAGUAGAAUAAAGACAGUUUCACAUAUAGUCUAAUUCAUUCUAGAAGCAACAUUUUUCUUUUGACAGUAAAAGACAACGAAGUUUAACAAUCCUCUUUAGCUCAACAAUGUCACAAUCAGUGAAUACAAGUGUCGG